GUGUUUUGGAUGAUUUACAUUUCCCUAAGAAAAAACUUAAACGAUUUAUAAUUUAAUAUUUUAAAAAAUAUUUUGGUAAUGGACGAUUUAACAAAAGAUCAAAUAGCACUGCUGAAGAAGGCUUUCGAUGCUUUUGACCACGAAAAAAAAGGUUGUAUUGGUACAGAUAUGGUUGGAACAAUUCUGUCUAUGCUAGGAUAUGAACUAAGCGAGUCUACUUUAGCAGAAAUUAUAGCAGAAGUGGAUGAAGAUGGAUCCGGCGAAUUAGAAUUUGAAGAAUUUUGUACCCUGUCUGCUAGGUUUCUUGUUGAAGAAGAUACUGAAGCUAUGCAACAGGAAUUGAGAGAGGCUUUUCGGUUAUAUGAUAAAGAGGGAAAUGGAUACAUAACAACAGAUGUAUUUAGAGACAUCCUACAUGAACUAGAUGAUAAACUUUCUCCAGAAGAACUUGACCUUAUGAUUGAAGAAAUUGAUGCGGAUGGCUCUGGCACCCUUGACUUUGAUGAAUUUAUGGAAGUUAUGACAGGUGGUGAUGACUAACUGUUACAGCACAGUAAACUUCAUUAAGAAUAUUAUUUAUAAGCAAAGAAAAUGAAGAUUGAAAAAUGUAAUAGUAAUAGUAUAAUAAGCCAAAAAAAUAUUGUUAUUAUUUACUACGACACAGAAUUUUAAAUAAAUAUUUUAUAUUCAUGUUAAUAAUGUAAAAUUUUAAAACACCACACUAAAAAACUGUAUUUCAUUGUAUGGAUUAAUAAAUGUUAAAAGAAGUUGUAAAGUA